AUGUCCCAACUGUGGAUUUUGAUUUGCCUGAUUAUCCUUGCGAUCCAGGCACAGAUGUCCGAUGCGAGAGGAGGUGGCGGCGGGGGAGGACAUGGUGGAGGCGGUCAUGCUGGAGGCUUCGGAGGAGGAGGACGAGGAGGCGGAUUCGGAGGAGGAAGAGGCGGCUUCGGAAGAGGUGGCUUUGGAGGAAGGGGGCUAGGAUUCGGUGGACCUGGAGGUUACAGAGGCUACGGAGGAUAUGGCGGAUUCGCACGAUAUGGAGGGUACGCUGGAUACGCGGGAGUUCUUCCGGUGCCACUGCCCGUACCUUACCCUGCUGCCUAUAACCGUUGCUACUACGACAACUACUACUAUAAUUACUACUACUGCUGA